AUGCGUUUAGUUGCGCAAUACACCACACGUAAACUGAGCCACGAUUCAGACACACUGAAUGCUUUCUUUGGGGCGAUUGAGUACUUGUCAGAAAUACAGCCCUUGCUCUACCAUAUCGCUGGCCUGCCAUACUUACCAGGAACAAUGGAAGAUGCCGGCCUCAAAGAAGAGUACUUUUUUCGUUCAUUGGGGUGGCAACUGCUCCUUCCUAGCAUGUGUAGGCGGAGGCAAGGGUUUCCAUCCUGGUCUUGGACGGGCUGGAUAGGUGAUAUGGCCAAUCCAUUCGAUGUUCCAGGAACUUUUACACCGUUGGCACGAAACGCACGUCUAGAGUCGGAGAGCGUGUCUGCAAACACACACUCGAUUUACGAGGAGCUCUCCAGAGCAUUUCUCGACACCGUAUCCGUCAUUCACUUUGACGUUGAUUUGGUGACUGUACAGGAUUUUCCCGGGUCCAAUGAGCCCAUGUUUGAAUCCACCCAGUGGGACAUGGGCAAGGAGCAAAAAUUGAAAAAGAUGUUUCCCAGCGAGUCUUUGUUUGUCCGAAAGGAAUUAUAUACGAACAUUAUUCGGGGUCUCUGGUCUUUCCUACUGCUUGGCUGCUUCUCUCACGAUGGGCGCAGCAAAGGGUUACUCCUGGCCGUGAAGUGGAAGGACUCGGUCACGGCGGAAAGGGUGGGGUGUUUUCAUAUUAAAGACGUUGGGCCGAUCAUGUCCCGUGAGCUGAGAAGGAAGAGGGUGAGACUUAUCUAG